CUCAGGCCAGGCCGCAGGGAGGGGCGCAGGGGACAGAGCCACUCUGAAGGCUGCCCGGGGGGCGUCUGGGCCCCGGAGGUGGGAGCUGAACUGCUUUGCCCCAGCCCAGCUUCAGAUCUGCACUCAGCCUCAGCCCCAAGCCCUGGCAGGGUGGGAUGCUUUGGUCCCAGGCCGUGGAGCUGUUUGAAAUGCAAUUGCUGCUUGCAGCUGGUUCAGAAAUGGAUUUCCUGUGGCUGUGGGGGCAGAAAUGUCUCUGUGCACACGCUCAGAGGACAGGUCCCUGGAUUGCAGUGCUGCUCCAAUGGCCUGUGGUGGCUGCAGGCAGCCGCGGCCCGGGGAGCCCAAGACUCAGCGUGUGGAAGGGUUGGGAGCAGCCCUGGGUGCCUGCAAGGAUUCGGGAGGCCCGAGCAGGUCUGAAACCCUGCCACGGAGAGGCACAGGCCCCGCAGCAGUGCCUGCAUUUCAGCAGCUGCCCAUCGGAGCUAAGCACAGCCUCGGCUCAGAGCUCAGGAGCAUGUCUGCUGGGCAGUGCUGGGGGCCAGGCGUCCCUCCUGUGUGUGCAUGGCCCACAUGGCAGCACCCUGCAGUCAGAGCUGACUGUGUGCACUGGAGGUGGAGUGUUGGAGUGGGAUCAGCUCAGAGCUCUGCAAGGUUUGCACUUUGCUUUCCACUCCACUGGCCAAGCCAGCCAGAUGUGCAGCAGCAGCAGGAUGGGCACGAGGGCCCCAGCUGCUGCGGUGAAUCCGUCAGCACGGACGCUGGUGCCGCUGCAGCCUGGCCCUGCAGCCUGGCAGGGUGAUCUCCUUUGGCUCGGCUCCUGUGGGCUCCAGAUGCUGACAGAGCAGCUGGAUGAGCAGAAAGCCUCUCGUGCAAACGGCUGUGGAGUGCUUCUCUCUGUUCCCUGCUGCUGGGAGGUGCUGACAGGUUAGAGUUAGUGGAGGGGUGUGAAGAAUUUG